UGGAAACUUGGAAUGUUGGACUCUGCAUAUGCUUAAAGAAGACUAUUAAUUGUAAAGGUUAGUGGGUUUUCCCGUUCUACUGAAACGUCAAAGUCACCGAAGAUUUUGGGCAUUCCAUAACCAUUACAAUCACUGCACGUCCUUAUGUCGCAGGUUCAUAACAGAAACUCUUCAGCGUCCAAGCGUGCUAGAACCGAUGGUAGUCGAAGGGAUGAUGACUGGACAUGCCCUAGCUGUGGCAAUGUCAAUUUCUCUUUCAGGACAACCUGCAAUAUGCGUAAUUGCACUCAACCGAGGCCGGCAGAUCAUAAUUCGAAGUCUGCUAUCAAGCCUCUACAAGCUCCGCAGGCGCAGGGUUAUUCUUCCUCAGCACCUUAUGUAGUAGGACUAGGAUCUAAUACCCCCUCUUCUAUUUAUCUUGCUGUACCACCAUAUGGUUCUGCCGUAUUCAAUGGGUCAUCUAUCCCUCCUUAUGAUAUUCCUUUUUCUGGAAGAUCAGCAUAUCAUUAUGAUUAUGGAAGUCGCCUCUCUGUUGGCAGUCCUUAUAGACCACUGCAUUUAUCUGGACAAAUGCCAUACACAAGUGGAUCGAUGAUGGGAAAUGGUGGGAUGUAUGCAUUGCAUCCAGUAGUGGACCGGUAUGGCCUGGGUAUGCCUAUUGGACCUGGAACUAUGGGCCCAACGCCAGGAUUUUUUCCUGAAGACAUGUCUCAGAAAAAGGACAUAGAUACAGCUCGUGACAAUGACUGGACAUGUCCCAAAUGUGGCAAUAUCAACUUCUCAUUCAGAACUGUCUGCAACAUGAGAAAGUGCAACACACCAAAGCCUGGAUCCCAGGUCUCAAAAUCUGACAAAAAUUCUAAGCAAAAGACUCCUGAGGGAAGCUGGAAGUGUGAAAAAUGUAAUAAUAUAAACUAUCCAUUCAGAACCAAGUGCAACAGACAGAACUGUGGUGCGGAAAAGCCGUCAGAUUCAAGUACAUCUCCUUCAUCUGCUUCAGAUCAAAAUGAUCAGGUUUGUUGUUGGGUAAAAUGUUUCUGUUUUGAUUGCACGCAUUGCUCGUUGCAACUGUUGUUGAUUUUUCAGCUCUUUGUAUACGUAGUAGACCUCAUAAAAGCCAAGAUGCUGCAGAGUUGUCUAAAGUGGAUUCAUUGGAAAAGUUUCACUUACGCUUCCUUUCAUUUGGAUCCUAAUACAACUUACAGCUAUACAUUUUUAAUUUCCCUCAUAUUUCUCCAUUGCAUCCUUUGAUUUGCAAUUAUUUACUGUUCCAGUGAGUACUAGGACAUGUUUGAGGGUUGAGAAGGUCCAGAGUUGUCGUUCAGCAUUGCUCAAUUUGGGUGUCUGACAGUCAGUCUUGUCGUCCUCUAUGUUGCAGCAGUUGUCAAGUCACUCCCCUUCUCAUUAUCUGUGUCAAUUGUACUGAGAUGGUAAUGGUCUUUGUGAAUCGUUAUGAUGCAUGUGUCAGCCAGCUUACCCUGGCGAAGAUUUUACUGGGUACCCUAUAUUCUCAGAAUCAACUCAAUUAUUCCAGUGGUAUACUAUCAUAGAUUCAUAUGAAUUUAGAUGAGGUACCAGUGGCAGGAAUUGUAUGUUUUCGUUUCUAGCUUUCUUUUGGCUAUUAACUGUCUGUUCAAGUAUCUUUGGAUGAUUAGAUGACUCAAAAGUAUGUAAAGAUUUCAAGUUUUUAGAUAAUUGAGGUUGUCACAUUUUUAGUAUUGGGUAGUUAUGGUGUCUUCUGUCUGCUAGCUAGCCUACUAUCCUCAAGGACGUAAAGGCCAUUUUCCUUCGUGUCAGUGCUUGUGGCAGGGUGGAUGGUUCAUGUCAGGUCAUUGGGUUUGAUGUUGAAAUAGAUUGUUUUUGUUCGAUCAUAGAUUUGUUUUUAGGAUUAUUUAAAAUAGCACCCCCUGCUGAUAACAUUAGUCUUCGGAGUCAUCUACUGGAGCCUGAUUGCUUCUUGCUUUAAAAGCCAAGUGGCAUUCUCAUUCUUGUGGACCAGGUCUAGCAUAUGGCCAUCAUAACCAAUGACGGUCGUUGGUAAUAUAGUAGUUUAAGAUGUUAUUAGAACGUAAAGGAUUUUGUCUUAAAACACUUGACUAGUGUUUCCUUAUUAUAGGAUUUACUUUUGUAGGAAAAUUUUGCGCUGCGGAUGCUAUGUUUAUAUCAUCUUAGUCUUUUAUUUUUUUUGGUGAAGUCUUUUAUUUUUUGUUUGUGCCCAUUUAUGCAUAUAGAUCACAACCAUGUGACGAUUUAUGGAGCGUUUGGAGCAUGAUGCUCCCUCCCAAAAGUGAAAAAUAAAAGGGGAUUGAGAGGAAAAUAUAACAAAAGAGAAGUUUUUUACCAAAAAAGAAAAAGGAGCAUAAAAAAUUUGAUAGUCCCGGUGUAUAUUAAAAAUUUUCUUAUGUUAGAUGUUGGGUUUCAUGCAUCGAGAUAUGUGUAAGGGAUUUGCCACCAUUGAGGAAAUAAAACGAUGCUUAAUAUGGAGAAGACGAUUGGAACAUGUUUGAAAACAACGAUUAAACCAGUUUUGUCGAUCUCAUUUUUUGUUUCAAUGUCUAUCCCCUUUCAACAAAUUACUAUCAGAAAUUCCGUCCAAAAUUUGAUUUGUUGGAAUACGUGCAUGUGGACGUCAAACGGAGUGGCAAGUGCAUGUCCUCCAGAGCACAGCUCCAUGCUAAUUUGAACUUACUUCUACAAUAAUAUCUACGUUUUA